AUGCCCAAGCAUGCGCAGCCCAGAAGAAGCGUGGCAGUCAGAGCGCCAAAGCCGCUGCCUCUUCCGGCCGCUGUAGCUAAAGCUGGCGAGAGCUCGAAUGUGGUGGGAGCAAGUGUCGGUCCGCUUGGGAUAGGUUCAAGCAUGAGCACAGUCGAAGACAGGGGCCCAUCACUCACGGACGGGGCAGAGGCAGCUUCUUCGACUGAAAAGAAAAAACCCUUUGCUCAACCUUUGCCGCCCAAAGGUGUUAGAGCUAUUCAUAGACCCCCUCAUGAUCCUAAAGUCGCCAGUGCUGCGGAAUGGAACUCUUUAUUGUGCUGGGCUAGGAGACAGCGCGGACCUCAGUGGGACGAGAGCACCGGAUUGUGAGUUGCGCCUUGGGUGAAGAGGUGUGGGAGGGAGGAAGGCUGCUGCGAUGCUACUUCCCGGGCAAGAUCAGAGUCGUCAGAGGUGCGCCAUCGUCUCCCUGGCUGUGAAGCCAACCGCAGUAGCUACCUUGAGCGGCUUCAUAACUGCAAGUCAAUGCUGCACCUAAAGGAUGACAAGGUUUUGAUCAGUAAGCAAGAGUACGUCCUGAUGUUCCUCUACCUCGUAUCCGAUGCAGCUGGCAAGUAGACAGGAAUAGCGCAGCGUACUACGCUUUCAGCGCUCGACCGGCAAUCAAUACUGCGCUAGACAACACGAACAAAGUCUCUAAUCGCGACAUUGCAAGUGAAGAUGUUCAGGCGAUGCAGGGUGUCAUUGGUGCGGGAGGAUCAACUGAAAUUCUAGCGUCGAAGGGCGAAGAGCGCGAAGGAGGGGUGGGAUCCGCGAAUCAUCAGACCUCGUUUGAUGAUGGCAGCCCUCCUCCCGUCGGGCCAGGACGAGCGGGGCGUCGAAGAUGA